UUCAAUGAGGAAAAGAUGGAGAACUUGUUAGAAAUGAAUCGUAACCAGCCCGUAGACAGUAAGGUGGCCACACCAACACCAGGGGUUGCUAAAGCUGUUGUUGCCAAGUGCGUAAAAGACGCGACCCUGUCUCCCGGGGCGCCAUCCAGCAUGGAGGUUGAGCGCACGGAGCUGCUAGGCUCGCUCACCACACAGCAGCAGCAGAGAACCAGCGCCAGGGUCAUCAAAAAGCUCAGGUUGGAACCUCCUGCUGAAAGGGACAAGAGGCCUGCUAAGAAAGAUGGGUCUGAUGAUAUCCCAGAAUGUGAGACACCAAGCAAGAUAGACGAAAAGGAGCUCAAAUUCCCCACAGUCAAACAAAGGAUGCCAAAAGCCUUGUGGUCUACUGACGAGAAGAACUUAUUCUUCGAAGCCCUCAAUGAAUACGGGAAAGACUUCGACGCUAUAACCGCUUAUAUUUGCGCUAAGAUGAAGAAGAAAGGCAUGCCUGAUGUCAACCUGAAGACCAAGACGCAAGUCAGUCACUUCUACUACAGGACUUGGCAUAAGCUGUCGAAGCAUGUGCACUUUGAUGAGAAUGUAAAAAAGGUAGCUCAAGAGUUGUACGCGUUGAUAAACUACGGCGAGUUACGCAAGAAGCUGGUGUCGGUGAACGAGAAGACGUGCGCUCGGCUCGGCGACAUGGUGCUGUGUGGCAGCAUCGUGGUGCGCGCCCGCGGCCGCAACCUGCGCGUGCGCACACCCAUGUGCCGCGCGCUCCGCCGCCUCAACCAGAUCACCGAGCUAGCGCUGGGCGCGCGGGUGUGCGGGCGCGCACAGGUGUGUCUGCGCGCGCGCGAGUGCGCGGCGUGGGCGCGCGUGCAGGCGGCGGCGCACAACCCGCGCGCCGCGCUGGCGCUGCCGCUGCGAGCCAGGCUCAGGGCACUGCUACGGGCGCUGCAGAAUAGGUGGGGAACUUCACCGUUCAAGCUGCACAAGGUAGCUGACGUGGACGUCAAGACAGAAGACUUGCAGAAGGAGCCAGAAGAGUACGCUGAUGUGCCUCGAGCUUGUGAGGAUACGGAGCCCAGUGGAGAGCUGGUGGAACACCUGAAUAUGGAGACUGAUAGGAUUAUCUUGCAAGAACUGAAAGCGCCGAAGAAGCUAGCUCUUCACGUAGGGCCGCGGCCCGGGGCUGACAUCCACCUGCCCGUGGUCUCGCCCAGCGAACAGCUGUCCAGCCAGAAGAUAUGCUUCUCCUCAUAUCUCGAGCGGAUGGGUUCGCAGCGAGAUAAAGAUGGCGGAGCCAAAAUCAGAACUCCAAAGCGUCAACGCAAAGACAGCACCACAGACAAAGACAAGGAAGAACAAAAGAAAUUCAAAAUGGACGACCAAGACAAACUGAUCAACAUUGAAGAGACGGCCAUAGAUGGCAUAGAGCUCAUGGCCAACUACAAAAUGCCACAGGAAGACGAGGAGAAACCAAGCACAGAAGACGAAAAAGAAAGAGAAAUUAUUGAGGAUGACCCCGCCGACUUACCCGACAGAGACAAAGAUGUAUCAGAAAGAGAUAAAGAGUUAUCUGAAAGAGAUAAGGACAUGUCAGAAAGAGAGAAGGACAGCUUUUCGGAAAUGGAAGACGAUGAGAAAUAUAAUAAGAGUGAUACGGAUAAUGAGAGCGAUGGGAAAGAUAAAACUGCUAAGGAUACUAAGUUUAAGAAUUUGAAGGUAAAAUUCCGAAUACGACCAAAGAAGCGUGGGGGCAGUAUCUAUACCCUAGUCAUGGACAAGGAUGCUGAAGAGCCGAAGGCAGAGGAACCUCCUCAGGAACCGCCCAAGGUUGAGGAGGAGGCUAAGCCUGAUAUCGAUGUGGACCUGGCAUUGAGGCAGAUUAGGAAGGGCUGGAGUAUAUAUGAUGCAGGGGAUCUGACUAUUGGAGAUUUGUAUCUGAUGUUCGGUUCCCGAUCAAAGCUCGAAUUAGACUACUGGUGGGCGGAACCCACUCCGCCACUCCCACAGCCGCAGAAGACCGCCACCCCGCCCACAGCGACGUCCGACAAACGCGACAAGUCCGACAAAGCCGACAAGUACGACAAAGGGGCCGACAGUUCUGUGGAAGACGAGAAGGAGCGAGCGAGGGAAAGCGACAAUGAUAUUCUGUCGCCUAAGAAUACUUAUAGUCAGGAUAGUAAUGAUGGCAUGUCCGGGGAUGAGAGAAAGAGUGAACAGCUGGCGUCUCCGGAACAUAAGGCGUCGGCCAAUAGUGGGACUUUCAAGUUGGUCAGCAAGCUUAUCAAUAGGCCGCAAGCGCCGCCUCCUCAGACUGGCUUCGCUGUCAUGAGUGAUAGACUGAAGCGGUUACUAGCGCUAGUGGGCAACCCGCACGUGGGCGCGAGCGCAGCGCCGCCCGGCGGCCGCUGUGUGUGCAAAAACAUCCAUGUCUGUUCACACGAUAGGAAACAACCAGUACAGAAGCCGCAAUUCUGCACGGCGGCGGCUCGGCAAGAGGAAGCUAGCGCCGUGUUCCGUCAGCCCACACCCAUCGCGCCGCGACCUGACAGCGAGAUAAAGAAGCGCGAGAUGCAGCUAGAAGGUCUCCCGCGCUGGCGUCGCGGACGGCCGCGCCUGCCCGACCGCCGCGUCGUGGUGCAGCGACUCCUGCCUCUCCUGCCUAAACUGCCACAUUCCACCGGGGUAUCCAACAUGCCAGUGAAGUCAGUGCCGACGUCUCCGCCGCCGCCGCCGCGCAUCCUGCCCAAGCCACCGCUCACGGCUUCCACGGACAGCCUGUCAAUAGUGUACGUGCUGAGCGAGUCGAACGGCCAGUUCUACUUCCACGACGGAGAGCGACGCAUACCCAUCAACCAGACGCCGGUCAACACUAUUGUUAUUAAAGAAGAGGAAUCUACAGAGGAGUCAAAAGCGAACGGCAACGGCGUGAAGUCCGAGGCGGACGGCAAGGAUGACGUCACCAAGAGCGAGCCCGCAAGCGAACGCGACGAUAACGCGCCUGAUGCUGCACACGUGCCGCCGGAGUUCCUAUCAUCGGAGUCGAUGUCCCUGUCGCCGUCGCGGCUGCUGCACGACGCGGACGGCUGGCUGGACGGCGCCGUGCAUGACUUCUCGCUCAGCAGCUUCCUCGGACACCUGGAGGGCAGGCCACAGGUAGAUUCCCAUCUCCAGUCUCUAAUGGCGGAAUCCAGCGUGGACUACGUGGCCAAGUUUGCAGACUUAGCGGCCGAAGUGACGGACGAACAAGACCACCCGCCCGAUGAACAUACAUAGACUUGACACUUAGUAAUAUGUCUACUGUUUACUGUGAUUUAAUAAGGAAUAGGGCCUUUAGAGUUUUUUGUGCUCUCGCCAAAUAAAAUGGC